AUGAUUCAAAAUGAGUCAGAAGUGGCCAAGCCAAUGGAAACUGACGAAGAAGGUGAUGAGGUGACCAUUAACCUCUCAUAUCCCUUCAACUACCCCACAAUAUAUAUGACCCAGUACGUUAAGCCCUUGUAUAUCAGAGCUUACUUCGAUGGAAUAGAGAUGAACAGGGUGUUAGUGGACAAUGGCGCAACAGUAAACCUACUUCCGAAGUCCUCUUUGAAGAAGCUUAGAAAGAGAAAUCCUAGGUUGAUCCCCACCAGGACAACCAUUGCUGGUUUUGCUGGGGACAAGCAAAUGGCUCAGGGUAUUUUACCCAUCAACCUAAGUGUGGGAACCAAAGAUUGCAUGACAACACUCUUUGUUAUAGACAGUAAUGUCAAGAUAAAUGUUUUGCUUGGCAGGGACUGGAUCCACACCAACAAGUGUGUGCCUUCCUCUUUACAUUAG